AUUGCUGUUUGUCAGUGUUUUAAGAUGGCGGACUUAAACGAGAAGUUGCUAGUAGAACUCCUUAAAAAGCCUGGUAAUAAUGCGUGCGCGGAUUGUGGGGCAAAGAAUCCAGAAUGGGCUUCUUAUAACAUAGGAAUAUUUGUGUGCACAAGAUGCGCAGGUAUACAUAGAUCGAUGGGUGCACAUAUAUCUAAGGUUAAACAUUUAAAACUGGACAGGUGGGAGGAUUCUCAAGUAAAUAGGAUUAGAGAAGUUGGUAAUAUUGCAGCUAGACUUCAUUAUGAAGAACGUGUACCUCCUUGUUACCGCAGACCAAGCCCAGAUGCACCACAAGUAUUGGUAGAACAAUGGAUAAGAGCUAAAUAUGAAAGGGAGGAAUUUUGUCAUCCAGAGAGGCAAAAUCAUUACGUUUCUGGGUUUAUGGAAGGAUUUUUAAUGAAACGUGGCAAAGAAGAUUCACGUUAUCAUCCUCGAAAAUUUGUUCUUUGUGAGGCAGAAGAUACUCUCAAGUAUCAUGUUAAAGAAAAUAAGGAACCUAAAGCAGUUCUUAGAAUAUCAGAAUUAAAUGUAGCUUUUGCUCCACCCAAAACUGGUAAUCAAAACAGCCUACAAAUAUCAUUCAUGAAGGAUGGUACAACAAGACAUAUCUAUGUAUACCAUGAAGAUCCAGAAGUAAUAACAAAUUGGUAUUUGGCAAUACGAUGCGCUAAACUACAUCGCCUGCAGGUUGCAUAUCCAGGGGCAACUGAGGCUGAAUUACUUUCGCAGCUUACCAGGGACUUUCCUCGUGAAGGGUUUUUAUGGAAAACUGGACCUAGGCAUACAGAUGCCUAUAAAAAGAGAUGGUUCACAUUAGAUGGACGAAAACUGAUGUAUCACGAUGAUCCUAUGGAUGCACAUCCGAAAGGUGAAAUCUUCUUAGGUCAUAGUUCCGACGGUUUUGCAGUGAAAACAGGAGUACCCCCAGGUGCAAGAGAUCAGGGGUUUUCAUUUACUCUUGAAACACCAGAUCGGUUCUAUCUUCUUUCUGCUCAAAGUGAUGAUGAUAGAACACAGUGGAUGAAUGUAAUUCAAAAAGUGAUAGACAAGCCACUUACUCCACAGGACGCAACUGUGGCAGCACGUCUUAUAAGGAAACGCACAGCUAGUGGAACAAUGAAUAUAUUUUCUUCUACAAGGUAGGGCUGGAUCCCUCUUAGGUGCUUUUCCUAAUUG